UCCCCCCUGGCCCUGAAAGAUGUGACGGUGAGUUAUUGGCGGCGGAGAAGCGUGCAACGUAAAGGGACGAUGUUACCAAUGGAAACGGAGAACGCAGAUUGAUCAUCAUCAUCAUCAUCAUCAUCAUCAUCAUCAUCAACCAUGGCUUUCCCUCUCCGUUUCCACUCUCCUUCUCUCACCUCUCUUGGAGUUGCCAGGAAACUUCUAGGGAGUUUUAUAACAGGGACUGAAAAUUGGCACUUUGCAAGAAGAGGCAGCAGCAGCAGACUCUUACCCUUUAAGGGUUGUGUGAAGUUUGUUCAAACCUCAUGGCGGAUUUCUGCACCGGGAACAUUGCCAAUAAAUGAUGAAAAAGCCCCAUCUAAUGCCUUGAGGGACAAGAAGGUAGUUCCUGAUGCAGAUCCUCCUAGCGCCAAAGAUCUUAACCUUUUGUAUCAAUUUUUUGACCAAAGUACCAAGCUCACGGUAUUGACUGGAGCUGGAAUUAGUACUGAGUGUGGUAUUCCCGACUAUAGAAGCCCCAAUGGAGCUUAUAGUUCUGGUUUCAGGCCAAUAACACAUCAGGAGUUUCUCCGUUCAAGUCGAUCCAGGAGGCGAUAUUGGGCGAGGAGCUAUGCUGGAUGGAGGAAAUUCACAGCUGCACAACCAUCUGCUGCUCAUUGUGCUUUGGCAACACUUGAGAAAGCUGGCCGAAUCAAUUUUAUCAUUACCCAAAAUGUUGAUAGGCUGCAUCAUCGUGCUGGUAGCAACCCAUUAGAGUUACAUGGGACUGUUUAUACUGUAAUGUGUAUAGAUUGUGGAUAUUCCUUUUGUCGUACCUUAUUUCAGGACCAGUUGAAGGCUCUUAAUCCAAAGUGGGCAGAAGCAAUUGAAAAUUUGGACCAUGGAGACCCUGGGUCAGACAAGAGCUUUGGCAUGAAACAAAGGCCUGAUGGUGAUAUUGAGAUUGAUGAAAGAUUUUGGGAGGAGGAUUUUAUCAUCCCAACGUGCCACAAGUGCAACGGAGUUCUCAAACCUGAUGUUGUCUUCUUCGGUGAUAAUGUUCCCAAGGACAGAGCUGAUAUGGCAAUGGAAGCAUCUAGGAGAUGUGAUGCUUUUCUUGUACUAGGGUCAUCUGUAAUGACCAUGUCUGCAUUUCGACUUGUCAGAGCAGCUCAUGAGGCUGGUGCUGCUACUGCGAUUGUAAAUGUGGGUGUGACACGUGCAGAUGAUUUUGUGCCCUUGAAAAUCAAUGCGCGAUUGGGGGAGAUCCUGCCAAGAGUACUUGACAUGGGAUCCAUCAGCAUACCUGUUGUGUAAUGAUAAUAGGAUAGCAAGAAAUAUCAACUUGUAUUUCCUUCAAUCUACUCCGCCUAAUCAUGCAUCUAUGGAUACGCCACUUUUGCACCAUAAUGCCCUACAAAUGCAUCGAGUAAAGGAAUGUUAGAUUUCAUCAAGUAUGUUUGGAGAGAUACUAGAUACAGGUGCAGCAAUGUAGGUGAUUGUUGAUGUUGGUGAAGUUUGUCUUGUCGAGCAGAUUACAGAAAAAUUUCUGUGAGGAGAUGUUUGAAGUGCCAGUUUCAUUGAUUAAAUAACUUUAAGCUUAAUUUAUUAUGUCAUUACAUCACUGUAAAGUUGCCAUAAAUUCACUAACUUGUACUUUAUUACUGUCAUUCUUCAUUUUUUGUCAUUCGCAAUGUAAUGAUACUGGUAUUCAUGUUGUCUACUUUCUGUACAAAGUAUCAACUUAAAUUUUACCUUUUCUCAAA